AUGAAUGGACAGGAGGAACUCACGAUGGACGAGGUGGAAGUCGCCCGAGUGACAAAACACGGUUAUGAUGAGGGUCAUAAUGAUAGUGGGAGUCUACUUGGGUACGUGUAG